UUCCGGUCCCGCAGGGCCAGCCAGACUAGUGGUGUUUCUGGUGAGGUGAUAUCCUGCAGCGUUCUGCGACCCUUCCUGCGCUGGUGUUUCGAUGUGUCCUCUCGGGGACCGAGUCUGCAUCUCCGGAAGAAGCGGGGCUGGUUCUCUCUAGCUGGGCUCUGCCUGAGGCAGCGCUGCCCAGGAUUCCUGGACCCACCUCAGCGUUUGUGGAGCCCCGGGGAGAGUCUAGCUUCCCCACGGAAGUCUGUCGGAGUAACAGUGAUAACAGAUGGCCAGUGUCCUAAGGCCUUAAGUGCUCGCUUCCCAGAGCCCUGCCUUGUCUCAAAGAGAAGAGAACAAUGACCAAGUUACAGGAGACAGUGACCUUCAGGGACGUGGCCGUGGUCUUCAGUGAGGAGGAGAUGAGGCUGCUGGACGCUGCUCAGAGGAAGCUGUACCACGAUGUGAUGCUGGAGAACUUCAGGAACCUCCUGGCUGUGGGCGGUCAGAGUCCAAACAAGAUAGAGACUCUUGACUCAACAGGAUUAAGGUGCCUUUCACUGGGGUGGCUUCCAUGCUGCCACAUGACAGGCCAUGAUGUGAAGAAACUGGCCAGCACUCCGGAGGUUGUAGUAAACAUUCAAGCAGAGAGUUCUCACUUCCUGGAGGAAUGCCACUCCUCCUGCCAUGGGGAAACAGAAGGGCCUCUCCAGGUCUCCGAGGAUGACAGCAGUCUGGAGAGUCUCACAAGCGAUCAUCUCAGCAUUACCAAAAAUCAGGAAUUUCUGUCUGGGAGGGCUCAGAGUUCUUGGAGUAAAUCACACUUCAGUGAGAGAUGGAACCGUGGGAAAUACUGUCCUCAGACUCUGGUGAAAACUAAGUUUCAGCUGUCGGCUCCAGGUGUUGACAUUCUAAGUUACAUUUCCCAUCAAGAUAACAAUAUACUGCAUAAAAGAGACAAAGUCCACAGCAGCAGUGACUGUGGUAUAGUCAUCUUUCCCAUGUCAUCCCUCACCCAGUCUCCUGUUUACACAGAACAGAAGGCCUACCAAUUCAUCAAGGGCCAAGAAGCCUUCAUUGACAGCCCCAGUCAGGAGACUCAUCAGCAAGUCCUCUUAGGAAAUAAGUCCCCUGUACAUAGUACACACGAGGACACCAGUCUUAGCUCCAGUGUCACCAUUCAACAAAGUGUUCAUCCAGGAAGAAAGCGCUACUGGUGUCAAGAGUGUGGCAAGACUUUCAGUCAGAGCUCAAAUCUGCAGACUCACCAGAGAGUGCACACAGGGGAGAAGCCCUAUACCUGCCCUGAGUGUGGGAAGAGCUUUAACCAGAGCUCACACCUGUAUGCUCACCUGCCCAUCCACACAGGCGAGAAGCCCUACUGCUGUGACAACUGUGGGAAGGGCUUCAGCCGCAGCACAGAUCUCAACAUUCACUGCCGAGUACACACUGGAGAGAAACCUUACAAGUGUGAGGUGUGUGCGAAGGGCUUCACACAGAGGUCACACCUCCAGGCCCACGAGAGAAUUCACACAGGAGAGAAGCCAUAUAAGUGUGGAGACUGUGGCAAAUGCUUCAGCUGUAGCUCAAACCUUCACACCCACCAGAGAGUCCACACUGAAGAGAAACCGUACAAGUGUGACGAGUGUGGGAAGCGCUUCAGCUUGAGCUUCAACCUCCACAGCCAUCAGCGGGUCCACACGGGAGAGAAGCCAUAUAAAUGUGAAGAGUGUGGGAAGGGUUUCAGUUCAGCCUCAAGCUUCCAAAGCCACCAGCGGGUCCAUACAGGAGAGAAGCCAUUUUGCUGCAGUGUGUGUGGAAAGGGCUUCAGUCAGAGCUCUUAUUUUCAAGCCCACCAGAGAGUUCACACUGGGGAAAAACCAUACAGAUGUGAUGUGUGUGGGAAGCGCUUCAACUGGAGCUUGAACCUCCACAAUCACCAGAGAGUCCACACUGGAGAGAGACCAUAUAAAUGUGAGGAGUGUGGGAAAGGCUUCAGUCAGGCCUCAAAUCUGCAGGCCCAUCAGAGUGUCCACACUGGCGAGAAGCCAUUCAGAUGCAAUGCAUGCCAGAAGCGAUUCAGUCAGGCCUCACACCUCCAGGCCCACCAGAGGGUUCACACAGGGGAGAAGCCCUACAAAUGUGACACGUGUGGGAAAGCCUUCAGCCAGAGAUCCAAUCUCCAAGUCCAUCAGAUAAUUCACACUGGGGAGAAGCCAUUCAAGUGUGAGGAGUGUGGGAAGGAAUUCAGCUGGAGUGCAGGGCUUACUGCUCACCAGAGGGUCCACACAGGAGAGAAACCCUACACGUGUCACCAGUGUGGGAAGGGCUUCAGUCAGGCCUCACACUUCCACACUCACCAGAGGGUACACACUGAAGAGAAGCCUUACAAGUGUGAGGUGUGUGGAAAGGGCUUUACGAAGUUGUCACACCUCCAGGCCCACCAGAGAACUCACACAGGAGAGAAGCCGUAUAAGUGUGAAGACUGUGGCAAAUGCUUCAGCUGCAGCUCAAACCUUCACAGUCAUCAGAGAGUCCACACUGAGGAGAAACCAUACAAGUGUGAUGAGUGUGGGAAGCGCUUCAGAUUCAGAUUCAAUCUUAACAGCCAUCAGUGGAUCCACACAGGAGAGAAGCCAUAUAAAUGUGAAGAGUGUGGGAAGGGUUUCAGUUCAGUCUCAAGCUUCCAAAGACACCAGCAGGUCCAUACAGGAGAGAAGCCAUUUGUCUGCAAUGUCUGUGGGAAGGAUUUCAGUCGGAUCUCAUAUCUUCAGACUCAUCAGAGAGUGCACACGGGGGAAAAGCCCUAUGAAUGCUCCACGUGUGGGAAAGCCUUUAGCCAGAGGUCCCAUCUCCUAGUCCAUCAGAUAAUUCACACUGGGGAGAAGCCGUUCAAGUGUGAGGAGUGUGGGAAGGAAUUCACCCAGAGCACGGGGCUUAGUAUUCACCAGAGGGUCCACACAGGAGAGAAACCCUACAUGUGUCAGCAGUGUGGGAAGGGCUUUAGUCAGGCUUCACACUUCCAAAGACACCAGAAGGUCCAUACCAGGGAGAGACCCUACAUCUGCGGCAUCUGCUCUAAGGGCUUCAGUCAGAGAUCACAUCUCCUCUACCACCAGAGGGUCCACACUGCAGGGAAUCUCUAGGUUUGUUCUGCUGUCAGGUGGGCUCCAUGCUCCUCCUGGUGGUUAAAACUGCCCCAAAACUCCAAGGAUUCAGGGAUUAGCACAUUGUUUUAUUUAACCCUCAACUCUUUCUCCCCCAGGAUCAUUAUGAAAAGGUUCCUAAUUUAAUUAUAAGAGGAAGAAUUGUCAGUUGUCAGGAACAGACCAAACAGAAAUCGUAGUGCCUCAUACUUUUGCUAAGAUUUGAUAUUAUGGGUAGUUAAUAAAGAUUGGCAAAGAGUUUGUAGCAGCUAUAUGGGAGAAAUUAACAACAAAUAUCCAAAAAGCAAGUGACUUCUGU